GUUUAACGUAGCAAAAAAAGCUAAAAGCUCAACAUGUGUGGAGUUUGGGCAUUCAGCUGUUUGGAGGGGGAAACUUUUGAUUUGCAUUCACUCGUUCAAGUAUUCAACUAUAGAUGAAUAAUACUUGAAUCCAUUUCUAAGGUCUGGUGUUGCCCAUCUGAACCCACAUGGCCAGUCAGAACCUGGUGGACAUAUUUUAAAAACAGCUUAAUGUCAAACUAACAAACUGAACAUGUAAAUGUUGCUUUUCUGCUUGGUGUCCUAGUCAAAUCUCUUUUUUGUUCAUGUUAAUAACGGCUUAUUAAGUCACAGGGAGUCUAAUGUUAUAUUUGCAUUCUUAGAUAGAAUCCAAAUAUAUAUUUUAUAUUCUCUGAAUAAAAUAUGAGAAACUUUGUAGAAACACUUAAAUAACCUGAAACAUAAUUGACUAAUGAAAUAAAACGUAAAGAAACAGAAGAUAACACCUUGCAUUUAUUUGAAAUGAGUAGCUUCCUCAGCUCUCUGCCGUUAACAAGGUCAAAGUUCAGCUGUUUCAUGCUGGUUUUAACCCUCAGUAACAGGUUUGCAUAAUUUCCUAAAGUUUUGGGAACUUUUGAAGGCAACAGGAACAUUUGCUGGGUCUGUUGUCCUCCAUGAUGUCCUCUGCCACAUUUCGCUGCAUUCUGCCGCAUUCCGCCGCAUUCCGCCGCAUUCCGCCGCAUUCUGCUAACCUGCAGUUUAAAUUUUCACAUUUGAAAUGUUUUUUAUUCUGUGGCACCAAUGCAAACGUUACACACUUGAUUGUGAAAAGCUGCUCAAUGCCAAGCGAAGAACCCGGAAAGACAGUCUGAUGUGGAGGUGAAGGUGUAACCGAUCCGGUUCCCAAGCAUCCAGCAGUCAGAACAGAACCACAGGGGGAAACAUUCUUACCAGGCAGUUACCGAAGCAUCCAGCGGUCAGAACUGUGUUGGAUGCAGAGGCUGCAUUAAACGGCUUCAGGCUUUAGGCUGGUUUUUUCUCCUCUGGGUGCUUCACGUUUCCUCCAUGUUUUGCUUGGCUUGGUUUGGCCUUUGAUGAAGACAAUUUCUUGAAUAAAUCUGUAAAUAUUCAGUGGCUGUUUUCCUCAACAUGAGGAAUAAUCCACAGCUCCACCUUUCUGACUUGCUGCAGCCAUAUCUUCCCUUGUGGACCCUCAGAUCAGGAGACCGGAUGCUUUUUAGUUUAUCAAAAACGAGAUGGAAACUGAGAGGAGACUGAACUUUUUCUGUUGUGGCCUUUGAAUUUCAGACAGGCAUCUUUGCUUCCUGCUUUUGAGUCUCUUUAAAUCUUUUUUCAGUAUGGUUUGGCCCAGAGUAAGAUGAUAUGCUGUUUCUAUUGUCUUUAUUCUGCAUUAUGUAUUUUUUAUAGUCGUUUUAUAGCUUGAUUUCUUUCCUUUGUCUUGUUUGUCUUGUUUUGUACAACACUUUGGAUGAACUUCUGGUAAAUUGUAUUUUGGAUCUUGUUUCUUGUCCUGGUCGUUUUGGAGCCUGAUGUGAAAGUUUGUCGUUUUUCUGUUGCUAAUGAAUAGCUGGUGACGCCAUUAAAACACUCAAAGGUAGACCCAGCUCUUCCAGCUGCAGAAACACAGUGCGAAUAAAUUAUACUAAAAUAAUCAUUUACAGCAUUACAGGAUAAAACGCAAUAUUUCCUUUCUGUAAAAUAAAACUACAUUACAGUUAUUUAUUGUAAAAUCUAAUUAAAUUCCACACACGUGAUAAAAGGCCACAGCUAAAAGCACGUUUGCUUUACUGCAACUUGUUUCAGACCCCCAACUUGACUGUAAGAUAAAACCAGACUGAGAAAAUAACUGCACAAACUAAAGUAAUACUGAAAAUAAAAUUUAAUAAUAAAAAACGUCUAAAAAGUAGCUCAGCCAGAAAGUCUGUCUUAUGUCUCGAGCUAAAGGUAGAAUGUUCAAAGGAAUGGACAGAGGAAAUUUUAUUUUAAACUGACUUCAAAACAUUGAUUUAUUAAUACAUUCCAUAGAUUUCAAUGUAAUACAAAUUUUAACGUAAAAGUUCCAUAUGGAACCUUUGUAUUUGCACGUUUCUGGUACAUCCAUAAAUCUGUUGCACAAGCUACAUUCGCUAACAGCAGCGAUGAAGCUGCUUCUCUCGGCUCACUGAGGGUUAAUUUCUGCUUUUAAAUGAUCUAAUUGGCCCUGAAAAAGAGUAUUGUUGUGUUCAAGUUGUGCUGAAAGGAGUUAGCAUGUCAGUGAAGCUAUGUUAGCCUAAAAUAGCAUCUCAAUGCUACAUGUAGCAGCUAAUGCUAAUGUCAGCGUUAACAGUCUACAUUUGUAAAGAAGCUCCAUGAAUGAUCAGAGAAACUAAAUAACAGAUUAAAAGCAAUAAAUAUCCUUCUUGUUGAGUUUAUUCCUGUUUAUUCCAUAAUUUAGCAGCAAAAAGGUUUUUAAAUUGAAAAUGUUGCUUAUUUUGUUGAAAUGUGGUUUUUGAUUAGAAUGCAAUGAUGCUGUCUCUGUUUUUCUGCAGCAUGGUGUUGAGGUGAGGAGCUGAGAGCGGCUCAGAAAAUAAAUCUCCUUCAACAGAAAACGCUCAUAAUGAGCUCAUCAUUCAGCUCCGUUCCUGCAGAGGAACCAGUGACGCCGCCGCCACUGACCACGCCCCCUCGGAAAGCCUCAGUCCGCCUCCAGGAACGGCGGGGCUCCAACCUGUCGCUGCUUCUGGAUGUGAGCAAUCUGGGGGCGGAGUCAGUUUGUUCUGUGACCACGCCCAAAGAGGUGUGGCUUCAGCUGCUACACACCUCGUCCCGAGCGCUUGCACAUGCGCAGUUGCAGGAAGCUUCAGCAGACACCAGCGCUCUGAACACAGAGUACCAGAAGAUUCCUCCGAACUUUGUGAGCGCGGCCGAGCUCGACGCUCCGGGACACAUGAUGAAAGACAGAUACAAAACCAUCCUGCCCAACCCAGAGACKCGGGUGAUCCUGAAGAGCCUGGAGGAAGAACCGGGUCCGGAUCGAUACAUCAACGCCAACUAUGUCAGGGGCUACAGAGGGGCUGCCAGGGCCUUCAUCGCCACCCAGGGCCCGAUGCUGCACACCGUGGGAGACUUCUGGGACAUGGUGUGGCAGGAGCGGAGCAGCAUCAUCGUCAUGGUGACCAAGCUGAAGGAGAACAACGAGAAAUGCGAGCCGUACUGGCCGCAGCCGAGGGACGGGACGAAGGUGAAGGAGGAGGACGAGGAGCGGCAGGACGAGAUCCAGAGGGACCAAGACGAGGGACAGACGAGCCGCUUCGGCAGAUUCCUGCUGAGAGUUAAAGACAGCCGGGAAAAAGACGGCUUCAUCAUCACGGAUCUGCAGGUCCAGCUGAACUCUGAGCGCCGUCCGGUCAGACACUACUGGUUCAGCUCCUGGCCCGACCACCACAUCCCAGAAUGCAUUGCUUCUCUGCUGAAGCUGGUGGAGGAGGUGGAGACGCAGAGGAAGUCCCUGCAGCCAAUCACAGACGCCGUUCCGGGUAACGGACCAAUCAUUGUCCACUGCAGCGCAGGCAUCGGGCGGACGGGUUGCUUCAUAGCCAGCAGCAUCUGCUGCCAGCAGCUCAGAGAAACCGGACACGUGGACAUUCUGGAGACGGUUUGUCAGCUGCGACUCGACAGGGCUGGGAUGAUCCAGACCACCGAGCAGUACCAGUUCCUGUACUCUACGCUGGCCCAGUACAGCCGCCAGCUGCAGCAGAACCAGGACCAGAACCAGACCAACACAGACUCACAGAACCAGCAGACCCCUGAGGACCAGGCCAGCGUUCGGCUGCAGAACCUUCGACUGCAGAACUGAGAAAAAAACAGAACCCACAGAACCACAACGCCCUCAAAGAAAUCUGAGGAAGGCAGCACAGCAGAACCGGGAGAACCAGGAGAACCGGGAGAACCAGGAGAACCAGGAAAAGCAGGAGAACCAGGAGAACCGAACGGCCUCAGCAGCAGCAGACGGGACUGAAAGGAAACCGGAUCCAUCAGGGCAACACAGCAGAACCAGAACUGGAUCUUCUGUUUGGCUCUGAAAGUAUGGAGAACCCAAAGAACCAAAAUGUUCAUCCUGGACCGGAAAGAGAAAAAUUAGAUUAUUAAAAUGAAAUAAAUGUAUUGUUUACAUGUUUGUUUGUUUCUCAGAGAUGAGCAGAGCUGAACCCGACCAUCAGGUUCUGUUCAGUCAACGACUAAAUCUCCACGGUUCAUAAAGUUAGUUCAAAAAUAGGAACUUUUGGUUUGAACUGGAAGCUUUAAUGAAACAAAGUCUGAAAACUUGCUUCAGAUUAUUUUCUGGUUAUUUGCUUUCUGUGGGUUGUUUUUAUUUUUAUAUCAGAAAUGUAUAAAUUUAGGUUUGUUUUAAAUUAAAAAUAUUUGUGCUUCUUGA